AUGAACAGUAUGAAGAUGAAGAGUAUGAUGAUGAAGAACAUUAAGAUGAACAGUAUGAUGAUGAACAGUAUGAAGAUGAAGCCAGACAGUCCGUCACCCGGUCCUUCCUGUACAAUCCAGUCCCACAUUAAUAAAGGCAGAGAGCCCCGGGGCACGGCGUCUGAGACUCGGUGCAAAAUGAGUCACAGUGAGGGGCAUGGAGCCCCAAUCUGCCCCCACUCCACCCACAAUACCACAGUGCCUGAGACCUGGUGCAAAAUGAGUCCGAGUGAGGGGUACAGAGCCCCAAUCUGCCCCCACUCCAUCCAACGCACCAUAGUGCCUGAGACCUGGUGCAAGAUGAGUCCGAGUGAGGGGCAUGGAGCCCCAAUCUGCCCCCACUCCACCCACAAUACCACAGUGCCUGAGACCUGGUGCAAGAUGAGUCCGAGAGUGCUGUUUGUGCGGAAGUGCAGCGCGUGCCUGCAGGUGAUUGGCCGCUCAGAGCUGAUCAUGCGUGUGCUGGGGCAGGUGUAUCACCUGGGCUGCUUCAGCUGCUGCGAGUGCGAGCGCCGGCUCCAGAGGGGUGACGAGUUUGUGCUCAAGGAAGGUCAGCUGCUCUGCCGUGGAGAUUAUGAGAAGGAGAGAGAGAUGCUCGCCGCCAUCAGCCCCGCCCCCACCGAAUCAGUGAAGAGCGAGGAUGAGGAAGGAGGCAGCAGCUCCAUGGGAGGAAAAGCUGGCGAUGACAGUAAAGAGCACAAGAGGUCCAAGCGGCCGCGCACCAUUUUAACCACGCAGCAGCGCCGCGCCUUCAAGGCGUCCUUCGAGGUGUCCUCCAAACCCUGCCGAAAGGUCAGAGAGACCUUAGCGGCUGAAACCGGGCUGACGGUCCGAGUGGUCCAGGUCUGGUUCCAAAACCAGAGAGCGAAGAUGAAGAAAAUCGCUCGCAGGCAGCAGCAACAGCAGCAGCAGCAGGAGCAGGAGCAGAUCGGCGGCAGCAGGAGGGGUCCGAGCAGAGGAGGACGACUGAGUAACGACGACAGUGAGGACGGUUCGAGCAGUCACGGCUUAGAUGGCAUGCUCUCGUACUCCUCCAUGCCACGACAGCAGCUCUUGGCUCUCGACCCAAACCUGUACGGGGGCGAGCAGUUCCGGCACGGUCUCACACCCCCGCAGCUGGGCCCCGAGCAGAUGCACCCGUACGACUCCGAAACCGUUUUCCAUGACUUGGACAGCGAUGGAAGCCUGGGUCACCUCGGCGAUUGUCUCUUGGCGACGGCCGAGGGAGGGGUGCUGGCAGGACGCGUGGGAAAUCCGAUCGACCGCCUGUAUUCGAUGCAAAACUCCUACUUCACCUCGUGA